GGCACUUUUUACCAGUCUGUUUCCGCCUCUUCACCAGGCGCACUAGCCGACUGCCCGCAGCAGUCGCCGCACAGCAGUACACACUUUCCGGUGUAGAUUAUGCUGAGUAUAUUCAGCACCCAGUAUUUGCACGGCAAAUGCGCCAUAUUUAUCAGGCACACGCAUAUAGAACAUACACUACUCUUGUAUUCCGGGCAUGCUCGAAUUUCGAAGUGCACAUUUGAGCGUUUUUUGCAUUCUGUCGUAUAAAGGAGUACACUACUUUACUUACACAGCCGAUGUCUGUGCAGAAUUCCUCACCCAUGAAUCGCUGUCGCUGAGCAAACUUACGGUCAUAAACGAUUAACGCCAGCCUACGGUUUUCGGUUCUCGCAGUACUUUGCUCUACAUUAUUUAUCAUCAGAGUUUCCGAGUUUUCUGAGACUCUUCAUCCGGUUGCUUUUGUGCAAAUAUUCGUGCAAAACACGCUGUCAGAUUUGUUAACCGCAGUGUUACUUAUAUCAAGGGCACUGGAUAAUUCUUAACCUUAUAAAACAUUGUUGCAUGGAUGACAAACCUGACAUGGUCUAUCGAUAUAAUGUGACCUUGAAAGAGCAAUAACUGAAUGUGGUGAAAGUGGUCUUGCAAAUCGAUUUGACCUAUUCUUGACCAGCCAUAACACCGCAUUUGCAGCAACUGUGUCAUAUAUAUAUACGGUGUUAUAUCCGUAUGAUCUUUUAUCACUUCGAUUGACACCGCUUCCAUGCCUCCUAAAUCCUCAACAACCUCCGCCGCGGAUGGCAAAAAAUCUUCGGUGGAUACGAAAAAACCAACAACGAUUGUCUAUGCAGAACUGAGUGACAUAAGUGGGAGUGCAAAAAAGUAUGGGCUCACGGAAGAUCAAAUUCACGAGUUUCAUGAGGCUUUCACCUUAUUCGACAAGGACGGUGACGGGAUGAUAACCAGUGCCGAACUGGGAAUUGUAAUUCGUGCCCUUGGCCAGCGUCCGACUGAAUCACAGUUGAGAGAGAUGGUGCGGGAGGUUGAUGAUAAUGGAAACGGCACAAUCGAAUUUAACGAGUUUUUACGGAUGAUGUCCCGCAAGAUGAAGGAAACAGAUCCUGAUCAGGAGUUGCGAGAAGCCUUCCGAGUAUUCGAUAGAAAUAACGAUGGCUUUAUUAGCGUCGGCGAACUAAGGCAUGUUAUGAUAAACCUCGGGGAAAAAUUAUCCGACGAUGAGUACGAGGAAAUGAUCCGAGAAGCCGAUUUAGAUAAGGAUGGGCUUGUCAAUUUCCAGGAGUUUGUGGCUAUUUUGACCUCGAAAUAACACACUGGCGGCUCUUCCACCUUCUUCGUCGGCAGCAGGAAUUUCGAGAUUUGCGGAUGUCACAUCACGAUACCGGUGUAUAAACAAGGCGUCCGGCAAAAUAAAAAGUUAGCAGCAUUAUUCUCUGUUUUUUAAAUACUCAUCUUUUGGCUUUAUUAUAAGCGCAAUACUUGAUCAUGACAAAAUCUUUUUUCCGGAAAUCAUGAGCCAAUGUUCCUUGCCCUUAUCGUCAUUGUAUUCAAAAUGCGGUAAAUUUUCUAAUUUGCACAAAUGCACACUUAGACUGACAUGUGAAGUGAUAAAAUGAAUAAACAUCAGAAUAAUCCGUGGAAAACUUG